AAAAAAGAACGGACAAGCACUAUUUUGGUUAAAAGAGGUUUUCCCACUGUAAUCGGCAGCGCGAUAAUAAGCCCAAAGAAAGAGUCCUACUCUCUCUUGUGUGUGCGUACGUCACAGCCGCUCGCGUGUGUGCUUGUGUGAGAGUGUGUGAUGGAAAAAAUCAGUAAAAUGUUUAUGCAAAUCGUGCGACAAAUGUGCGCCAAUUGCGUAAAAUCGUAAAGUGCAUUAAGUAUUCAGUGAAACAAAAUUAUAUAAUUAAGGAGCGGCGCCCGGAGAUAAGCGAAAAGUCUGCUUUUUUGGGCAACUACAAAGGCAAAGGUUGCAGCUCCCCUUCCUCUCGCGUGUGAGUGUGUGUAGGUGUAGGUGUAGGCGAGCCAGUGUAUUGGUGUCUCGUGGCUGCCAGCUGUCAGUGUGUAUGUGUGUGCGGGUGCGCCUGUAUGUGUGCACUGUGGGUGCAACAACGUGAACGCUUCAUCCCGGAAGUGAUUUGUAUGAGGCAAGAAAGCCCCUGAAAUUUUACACCCAAGCGGAAAUAGUCGCCAAAGUAUUUUGUGAUGAAGUCAUGUGGAAGUAGCAACAACACGGACCGUGCAAUUAUAGGCGAAACUUAAUUAAAUGCCGCAUCAUUUGCAAACUGCAAAAGGGAAUUCUUAACAAUCGCAAUAAAACUUUUGUCGAACAAAAGUAAUUAAAGGACCUCGCACCCAAUACCAAUACACACAGGACACACAAACAAAGCCGCCUGCCUUCCUUGACGCUAUGCGACAACAAAGUUGGUAAAAGGAGACGAGGAGGACGGCGAGCGGCGGAGUGGCAGGAGUGCUAGUCCUGUACAUGGCCAGAAGCCAGCUGACGCUGCCAGCCGCAAACAGCUAACAGCUAACAUCGAGGAGGUGCCGCAGGACGAAGGAGACGAAGACGGAGACGGAGAAGGCCAGCAAAAUGCAGAAGGAGAACAAUGUCACGGCGGAGAAUUGCCAAUUUGUGGGGCCCUAUCGCCUGGAGAAAACUCUCGGCAAGGGUCAAACUGGUCUCGUCAAGUUGGGCGUGCAUUGUGUGAUUGGCAAAAAGGUUGCGAUUAAAAUAAUCAAUCGCGAGAAACUCAGCGAAUCGGUGCUAAUGAAGGUUGAACGUGAAAUCGCCAUAAUGAAACUAAUCGAUCAUCCCCACGUCCUUGGCCUGAGCGACGUGUACGAGAACAAGAAGUAUUUGUAUUUAAUAUUGGAGCAUGUAUCCGGCGGCGAGCUCUUCGACUAUCUAGUGAAGAAGGGUCGGCUCACGCCCAAGGAGGCGCGCAAGUUCUUCCGGCAAAUCAUCUCGGCGUUGGACUUUUGCCAUUCGCACUCGAUAUGCCAUCGGGACUUGAAGCCGGAGAAUCUGCUGCUGGACGAGAAGAACAACAUCAAGAUUGCGGACUUUGGAAUGGCCUCACUGCAGCCGGCCGGUAGCAUGCUGGAGACAUCCUGCGGCAGUCCCCACUACGCGUGUCCGGAGGUCAUACGGGGCGAGAAGUACGAUGGCCGCAAGGCGGAUGUCUGGUCCUGCGGCGUAAUCCUGUACGCCCUGCUGGUGGGUGCGUUGCCCUUCGACGAUGACAACCUGCGCCAGCUGCUCGAGAAGGUCAAGCGCGGCGUCUUUCACAUACCGCACUUCGUGCCGCCCGACUGCCAGACACUGCUCCGCGGCAUGAUCGAGGUGAAUCCAGACCGGCGGCUAACGCUGGCCGAAAUCAACCGACAUCCCUGGGUCACGGCCGGUGGCAAAGGUGAGCUGGAGCUGGAGCUGCCGAUGAUGGAGGUGGUGCAAACACAUGUCAUUCCCACAGCGACUGCGGUGGAUCCGGAUGUGCUCAACGCCAUUUGCUCGCUGGGAUGCUUUAAGGAGAAGGAGAAACUCAUCCAGGAGCUGCUUAGUUCAAGUCAUAAUACUGAAAAGGUUAUAUACUUCCUUUUGCUGGAGCGGAAGCGAAGAAGGCCGGCGCUGGAGGAUGACGACGAGAUUGCGCAGAAAUCCCGCAGCGAACUGGACGCUGUGGAUCCGCCGCGGAAGCGCCUGGACACCUGUCGCAUCAAUGGGACCAAUGCACCCAGCUAUGGACAGAUCUCAGAGGGUUCACCGCUCACGCCCAGACGACAGGCCUUUAACUUCCGCUCGUACAGCAGCACACGAAACCACCAACGGCGCUCGCCCACAACAGUGUCCUCGUCGGUGCGGAGCUCCUCAUAUCACAGUCCGACGCGCUGCAACUCCCCGAUGAGCUCAGCCCAGCAGCAGGCGAAUGCUAUCUCUCGCCCAUCCUCGCCGGCGGCGGGAACGCGACACUCCACGUACGGCGAUCGCGAUCGGAGCGGCCAUCACUCGUCCGUCAGCAGGACGCCGUCGCAUAGCUCCCAAAAGAGCAUCGAGGGCGAUGUAGUUGUGGUGCGGGAACCGCGAAUCGAGCGACGUGAUUCACUGCGUCAGGAGCGAAGCGGUGGCGGCGGUGGAGUACCAGGAUCGCCAAGGGAUCGAGGAGAAUGCGGCAUGCCGCCAGGCAGUCCGGGCGGCAACUCAAGCGGAUCCCAAUCCGCCUCGCCGUCGGUGCACCAUCGUGCCAACUCAGGUCCGACCAUUGCCAUUAUGUUCCACGAUCCAGAGUCGAAUAGUGUUGUGAAUCCCAAUGGCUCGCCCAUGAUGAACAACAGCAGUCCGGGCAUGCCCGGUUCACCUUGCAAUACACCUGGCGGUCAGCUGUGGAAAACACGACUCACCAACAUCAAGAACAGUUUCCUGGGUAGUCCGCGUUUCCAUCGCAGAAAAAUGCAGGUUUCUGCCGAUGAGGUGCACUUAACGCCGGAGUCCUCCCCGGAGCUGACCAAGCGUUCCUGGUUUGGUAAUCUCAUAACAACCGAGAAGGAUGAAACCUUUACGAUUUUGGUCAAGGGGAAGCCCAUUGCCACGGUCAAGGCGCAUUUGAUACACGCAUUUUUAUCCAUGGCUGAAUUGUCGCAUAGUGUGGUCUCGCCCACCUCGUUUCGGGUGGAGUACAAGAGGAAUGGCAAUGGACCCGUCAUGUUCCAGCGCCAUGUCAAAUUCCAGGUUGACAUCAGUGCCAUUUGCAAACAGGGCGACAUAGCAGAUAUGUUGUUUGCUUUGACAUUUACGCUGCUAUCAGGUAAUAUUCGGCGUUUCCGUCGCAUUUGCGAGCACAUCCAGUCACAGGUGUGCUCCAAGAGGUUCCCGGGUCCCAGCAGUCCGCCGACGGUCACCAGUGUCACUCAGGCCGUGUCCGAGAGCUCCUCCUGCGGAUCAGUAUCCAGCGAGAGGUUAUCCUACAAGCGUCAGGUGAUUGAAAGCGACAUGGAGAACGAUUCCAUAUUCUCCUACAAGUCGGGCAACGGCCGCAGGGCAUCGACCACGAACAAUAAUAAUGCCAAUCCCGUUGACAUUCCCGGCAGUCCCAUUGCAGUACGAUCCAACUCUGAGACCGCUGAACACGAACGCAACCGCGAACUGCAGAGUGAGCGUCAGGCGACAACGAUGUCCGGUAGUGCAAUCGCAUGAGAAUUAUUUCUCUGAUUUAGUUACAUUUUUCACCAGGAUCUUAGUUUUGAUAUGGCACUAGUCAACAGCAACCGCAACCAGAUAUUGUAUUCCAACUAGGGGACGCCGAGUCGUUAGCAUUCGCUGGCCUCAAACUCAAACAGUAUUUUUCCUAAAAACACCAUCCGCCAGAGAUAUUCAAAAAAUAAGUAAAAGCCACUCACACAAAAACUCCAGAAUAAUAAUACCAAAGCAAUAAUAGUGGAAUUUAUAUACACUAGCAUAUAUAGUAAGUCGGGUCGAUUGAACAGAACUUUGCUAGCUGCUCUAGCUUUUAUCGAACCUGAUUUUCGAGUUAUUGUUGAUUUUUUUGAGUGACUUUUUCGUAAUGUUCUUUUUGAUGGACAUUGUUGCCGCCGCGCCUAAAAAGCUUGCAAAUAAAAAACACCGUGUAAAAAUAUAUAAAGAUAUAUACAAAACAGAAGAAAUCAAGUUAGCCCUAGCCUAAGUCGAAGCAGUUAUUCUAGAGUCAUUUUCUUUAUCUAGACUAGUCCUCAAAUUUAGCUACGCAAAUGGAGUAGCAACACUCGUGAAAAUUCGCCGACGAUUUGUAUAGAGUGUAUAAAGGAUAUUACGCAAAAUGCACUGAUCUUUGACUACUUACUAAACGGAAACGGAAAUUAAAGAAAUAUAUAAACUUCAAAAAAACCGAUAACUUUUGCAUUAACUUAGCGUUGCUGUUUUUUCUAAAAAAAUAUUAAAAAAAUAAAGAAAUAAAUAAAUAAAAAUCGAUACAACUAUUUUGCUAGCGAGACGAGAAACGCAAAAACUAUUUUUCCUAAAUAACAAAGAAGUACUAUAUAUAAAACGCGUAAACUUUCAAACUUCAGACAAGCAUAUAUGACGAUCAAAAGAGUGUUGUGCGGUAGAGGAGCUCGGGAUAUAGCAGAUAUUGACAGACAUUUAUAAUGUACAUAAGGAUACCGAAUAACUAAGCAAAAGCACAGGAGCAAAUGGCUAAUAACCGAUAUACAGCACACUAAAGUAACGAAAUUUCCAAGGAAAUCAUAUAUAUUUUGCAUGGGCAUGAGAUGAACAAAGCUUUCUUAACCAAAUACUUGUAUAAAUAAACUGGGACGAAAUAUAUAUAUCUAUGUAUAGAGUGGAUCGGCGAUUGUACAAAUUGUUGAGUUGCACCAGCGACAAGAAGAGUAAAACCUAGGAGAGAAAUUCAAUUGGAAUUUGUAUGUAUGUAUAUUUUUAUUGGAAAGGAGAAGGCUUCUACAAGCUGUCCAAAAAUGCACAAAUCGCAGGGCUAAGCGUCUAAGCCAGAUAGUGUUUCCUUCAGUCUAAAGAGCAGCCCCACAAAACAAUCACAUUGAAUCGUUCCUUCCCUACCUACCCCAACUUUGAAGUGGUUUUUAUAGUUUAUAGCUUUUGGAUUUUGUUGCCACCACCCAAGCCAAUCAAUCAGAGAGUCCUGUCUAUAACACAUACGAUAAUUUGAAACUAAAAGACUUAAGAAAUCGACAUAAAGCUAAUGAAAUCCAAACAAAACCGUCCAUUUAUCCACUUAAAGCUAAACAAACAAAAUGUAAUGGCAACUCAGCAAUUUGUGGAAUCAGCUGGAAGUACGGUGCGGAGUGUAAAGGGAGCCCCAAUAAUGUAUGUGUAUAAUGUAAAAGGAUAUAGAUCUAUAUACUGAAACUGUGUAUGACAGCAAUAUCAAAAUAGUCAGAGGGAGGAUAUACGAUGUGAGGGCGGUACGAUACUAAAACGUGAUUAGAACAAAUAUUAAACCACAAAUUACGAGUUAAUAAAUGCUUAAUGAUAAACCCAGUAAGGUCGCGUAAAUCUAACAAAUAUAUAAACGAACCUAUUUAAAAAGUAUUGAGACACUCACACAAAAACUCACAACAAAUCAUGCAAUAAUAUUGAAAUGAAAUUACUUUUUAGCAUUAACUACGAUACAUCAGAUUAUUUAUCGCUCAUCAUAUGGAAGAUACUCAAGAGAAAACGCAUUUAAGCUGAACAUACAUUCAAAAUUAAGCUCACCGACUUAAAGAGAGAGAGAUGACAUUCAUAUAUUUAUACAUGCAUAAAUCAUAUACACCACGUCGAUCACGGAACUCGAAACUCUUUAUACAUAUAUUGUACAACAUCCGACAUAUACCAUAUACUAUAUUCCGUGUUUACUUUCAUAUACAAGACAAGGUCCGCCAGCAUAUACCCACAUAUACGAAGUAUACAUCUAUAUGCAUCGCCCCAUACAUCCAAAAUAUAUAUAUUUACACACAAGCGCAUUUAAUACGAGUUUCAAGUACAUUCGUCACCCAAAUUCGGCUAGUUUUGUAUCAUAGGAAAUGUAAAAAUCAUAUUUUUCACUUGAUACUAAAUCGAAUUAUAAAUACUAAACCCUAACUUAACCUUAAACGCUCUGCAUACUAAGAAACCGAUCGCAGUCUCGAGGAUAUACGUCAGACGACAAUUGCUUUAUAUGGGAAGUACCCCGAAACGAAUACAAAAAUGAAAGCCCAAUACUCAAUGCUGCAUUAUGCCGCUGCCACGCCUACCUUUUUACCUUAACUGAAGCCUAUACAUACUACCAAUUUUUCGCGCUCAUCUCAUCCUCAAAACUCAAAACUCAAAAUCAACAACAUAAUCACCACCAAACCCAAGAACUAACUCAUUUUAACUGCUUCAGCAGCGAAUAUUUGCGCCGAGAUAAUUUUAUAUGCCACGUAUACAUAUAUUUCUAUCUAUAGUAUAUAUAUACACCCCUAUAUAUAUAUACACAAGCAUUAUACACCAGAGCAAGCGCUUUACUUCAAAUGCAAAUUCAAAUGCAAAUGCAAAUGCAAUGGAGGAGCUGUUUAUUACUCAUUACGAAAUAAACGAUUCGAAUACUUAUUAAAAUAAAUUUAGAGGGUAAUGUUGUGUAUUGUACUGCGCUUUUUACGUUGUUGAUUUGGUUUCCUCCUCGGUUCCACCAUAUUAUUACAGUAAUAUUGUAAUUAGUUCUGCAACUGAUUAAGGCUAAGUUAUAUAGUACUGCAUCGUGCGCUUUGUUUUUCGUAUCUACGGAUAUAUAAGUUAUACAUUGUAUUUUGUAAUUUAAUUUUAAGCUCGAGGAAUAUCGCGGAGUCAGGCCGGAUUCACGGAUGAACCAUAAAAGAGAUUAAUAUUGAAAGCAAAAAACACAUUCUCGUUUAGGAGAAGCAACAAACCAAAUAAGAAGAAACCCAACAAAAGUGCAUCUGUUAUUAGGUUAAAAGAAUUAUUGAUAUUGUUUGCAAGAAAAUGUGUGAAAUAUAUAUAUAU